UUAUUCCAGCGACGGCAGUGCAAAGUAAAAUGGCCGCUCUGCCGAAAUGUGUGUGACACACGGUGACACUUAAACAAGUGUUAUGUUUGUGUCGUCAAUAUUUAUAUUCAAGUUGUUUCAGUGCAAAUGCACAUAAUAAUAAAGUGACAGUGUUUAUUUAUAGUUUAUCCAGUGAAUUUACGGAUUAAAAACAUUCUACUUGUGUCGUUAGGGAAUGAUCGAUUUUCGAAGGAUGAGCGGUAAAUUUGUUAUGUAGUUUUUUUUGUGCAAAUAUUGAAGAUUUUUGAUCCUUGUUUUACCUUCAGGAGGAAAAAAAAAAAUUCUCUUUCAAUUUGUUACAUGAAGUGAAUCGGAUUCAUCGUAUGAAAAAGAAUUCUCUCGUUGAACAUUUUUUUAUGGAUAGCACUAAAUUAAAAUCCAAGCCACGUCUCUUGAGUAAAGUUCGCAUUGCAGGAUAUAUAAGUCUAUAAGCAAAGUAGAUGAUUAUUGCCUACCCUGGCGUCAGCAGUAAUGCCAACGUAUCACAAUGCGGGCGGUGUCUACCCAAAUUUAUCAGCACCAGCCCGUCAAGCAAAACUCGACAGCAACCAAAAUCACCAUCACACAAUUCCAUCAACCAUAACAAAUCUUUCCUUACUUCAUAACACAAUACAACAUUCAAAUUCUUCCAAUCUCACCACGACUUCCAACAUUAUUCCGUCCCAUCCAGUAUCCCCAAUCAUGACAACACAUUCAAACAUUACAUCGCAAAAUGUUACCUCUCAUAUUAAUGCACUUCCCUCACCAGUCAUUAUCACUUCAAAUUCAACAAAUAGCGGCAAUACGAACGUCCUGCCAACGAAUCCUAGGCAUGAAGUGAAGCUCAAUGCAAUGCCAUGGUUUCAUGGUAAAAUAUCGAGGGAAACAGCAGAAAGAUUAUUGCGACCACGUGAAGAUGGCCUAUUUCUAGUUCGUGAGUCGACGAACUUUCCAGGCGAUUAUACAUUAUGUGUAUGCUAUCAAGGGCGCGUUCAACAUUAUCGUGUGAAAUAUAAAAACAAUCAAUUAACAAUAGACGACGAGGAGUUCUUUGAAAAUCUCGCCCUCCUCGUCGAGCACUAUGAGCAAGAUGCCGAUGGUUUAUGUACACAAUUAACAAAAUCAUUGCCAAAACAAGGUAAACAAGAUUUUUGCGUUGAUCCAAAAGCAUUUAUUGAAGCUGGCUGGGUUAUACAAACACACGAAUUAGAAUUACGCGAAUGCAUUGGUAAAGGUGAAUUUGGCGAUGUUCUUCUUGGCGUUUAUCGUGGCGAAAGAGUUGCUGUUAAAAUGUUAAAGGACAAUAGUGAAGCGGCACAAAGAUUUUUAGCCGAAGCAAGUUUAAUGACUUCAUUGAUUCAUGAUAAUUUGGUGAAACUUCUUGGACUUGUUUUUAAUAAUCCACAUAUGUACCUGGUCACUGAAUAUAUGAGUAAUGGAUCUCUUGUCGAUUAUCUCAGAUCACGAGGAAGAUUACAUGUCUCUAAGAAGGAUCAAAUUAAUUUUGCGUUCGAUACUUGUGCUGGAAUGGCAUACUUGGAAUCUAGACAUGUUGUGCAUCGAGAUUUAGCCGCGAGAAAUGUUCUUGUUGCGGAAGAUGGAACAGCAAAAGUCUCGGACUUUGGUUUAGCGCGGGAUGAAAACUUUUCACUCGAUGGUGGAAAGUUGCCUAUAAAAUGGACCGCACCCGAGGCAUUAAAACACAACAAAUUUUCUAAUAAGUCUGACAUGUGGAGUUUUGGAAUUUUACUUUGGGAAAUUUAUUCCUUUGGCCGAGUACCUUAUCCCAGAAUACCGUUGGCAGACGUUGUUAAAAGUGUAGAAGAGGGUCACAUAAUGGAACCACCUGAUGGAUGUCCGCCAGAAGUUUACGAGAUAAUGCGACAGGCUUGGGACUUGCAACCAGAGAAGAGACCCACCUUUCACGAUGUUAAGGUGAAACUGGGACAAUUAAAAAUGGAGACGUAUUGCUGAAAAUAAAGGAAAAGUCAUCUGGGUAAAAGAUAUGAGAAUGAAAAAAAAAAAAAAAAGAAAAGAUGGGACUUUACUAGUCCAUAAUGCAACUUUUAUAAUCAGGGAAAUUCGGUAGUAGUUUCGGAUUAUUAACUCAAGUCUUAAGGAGAAUUAUAUUCCGAGAAAUUGUAUAUUGUAUAGAUGUAGUAGAUAUUCGCGAUGCUUGUAUUUAUUGUUGUUUUUGUGUGACACGCGAGAACGACUGAAGGUUUGAGCUAUAUAAUAAUUAUAAAAAAAAAAUAUAUAUAUUUUUUUUGUUUUAUUUUUUUUUAAUUUUUUUUUUCUUUUAAUGUAACGAACAAAUAUUUUUUCAAAAAUGAACGUUACCUAUUUCAAGCGUGCCUUCUAAUUCAAGUUGAUAAUCUUCAAAAGACGAUCAACUUGCAAUUUUUUUCUUUAGACUUCUUGAAAAUAGUCUAGAAUCCCAAUGCUUUAUUUUAAUUAAUAUACUUCUUUUAAAAAAAACUAAUUGCAAUCGCUUGCUUUUUUUAUUUUUUGUUGUAUGUAUCUAAAGGAAUACAUAAACAACUAAGUUGUAUAAAAAAAAAAAAAAACUGUUAAAUUUUGUUAUAAAAUUAUUAUUAUCAAUUCACUCAAUGGAUAACAAUUUUUUACUGUAUAUGAAAUUAUUUUUAUUUUGCAAAUGAAAAGCUAAAAAAUGUCCGAUAUAAAAUUUUCUUUUACUAAAAUUUAAGUAACAAAAAAUAGUAACAAAAUUUCGAGAAAUACAAAUUUUCCGAAAUGUGAUUUUGUUAAAUGUUUUUUUUUUUUUUAUUAAUUUUCAUUCAUUCAUUUUCAUUGAAAUGAAAAUGAUUUUUAUUUUAAUUGCCUUCACUUGAUAUUUUUUUAAAAGAAUAGUGAAAUGUUUGUAAAAAAAAAAAAAAGAAAUCUGUCACUCAAGAACUGAGGAUUGAUGAGAAUUUUAAUAGUCAUUUAAGCUUUUAUUUUCCUUCUAAUCAAAGAUUUUAUUAUAACAUAUAUUAUGUAUUAAUAAUUCGUAAACUAAAUUAUUUUGUCUAAAAACAAAACAAUUUAAAAAUCUCUCACCGAAAAAGAAUAUAAAUUAUUUUAUUAACGAAAUUUGAAACUAAAAAAAAAAAAAAUUCAAAUUUCGUUUGUUAACUAACAAUACAACUCAAUCUUCACAGUGUACAUCUAAUUGUAAAUAUCUUGUAAAUAUUUUAUUAUUUAGUGAGAGAAAGAGAAAAAAUAUGUGUGUAUGUGUGAGAAAAAGAAAUAAAACUUAAAAAGCGAUUGAUAUCGACUUAGAAAUUAAAUGAAACUGUCCAUAUUUCGGUUUUAAGAUUUGGAUGAAGUCCAAUAUUAAGAAAAAUGUAUACGCACCGAAUAUAAAUGUCGAUACGUUAUAAUACAUGCACCUUUUUUUAGUGUAUGCGAAUUAUAUUAUUAUAUAUGAAAAGAAAAGAAAAAAUGAAAAAUUCGUGAGAAAAUUUGUCGAAGGAAUGAAGUGUAAGUUUUUUUUUUUUUAUUUUGAAAAAUGCGGCGCGUAAUUUGUAGACGAACAUUGUACCUAAUAAUUCUAGUAGAUUCCUAGUUAUCGAGAUUUCUAGAUAAAAAAAAAAAAUACAAUCUAGUUAUUGCAGAGGUUCAUCAUUGAACGAUGAUUUUCUUGACACUUUAUUAAAAAAAAAAUAA